AUGAUUCAGGAGCAAUUGGGGGCGAAACGUGCAAGAUUUGAGCUAAAACGAACAAAAUCCGAAAAGGAGGCCAUUUGGGCCCCACAAGCAGCGCCUGGCGCCACCUGUGGUGUUGAAAACAGUUCAACGAGUCGAAAGCAUAUUGCAAAGAUGCUGAAGAAAAUCCUUCAAUUCUCAAGAAGAUCCAGUUUCAUGCAUGCUGUUGACGAUUGGGACGAAGAUGUGGCCUCAUUGCCUCCUCCAGAAGAUGUCAAGGAAGGCCACUUUGUGGUGCAUGCAAUUGAGGAUGGAAAAAAGAAGAGGUUUAUUGUAGAAUUGGGUUGUUUAGCGGAUCCAAGUUUCGUGAAGCUGUUGGAGCGAGCAGAGGAAGAGUUUGGUUUCGAACAUGAAGGUGUUCUUGCUGUACCUUGCAGGCAUAGUGACUUGGAGAAAAUUCUUGAAAGCAGGAAGAAGAACAAGAAAUGA